UGCGGGGCGGACGGAGAAAGACUGCAGGAGUUUAUCUUGGUUCCGCUGGUGGUUUGACUGCAAAGAUGUUUCCUGCAGUGCUCACAGUGUUACUGACUUUCUUCAGCCUCGCUGAAAGCAAACAGAAAGACUUUUAUACUUUUAAAGUUGUGAAUAGCAGGGGUAAGCUGGUAUCUCUGGAGAAAUAUCGGGGUUCGGUUUCCCUGGUGGUAAACGUAGCUAGUGAAUGUGGCUUCACUGAGGAACACUACAAUCAACUGCAGCAGCUCCAGCGGGACUUUGGUCCAUAUCACUUCAAUGUGCUAGCCUUCCCCUGUAACCAAUUUGGACAGCAGGAGCCUGGCAGUGACAAGGAGAUUGACAGCUUUGUGCGCAGAGUCUACGCAGUCUCCUUUCCUCUGUUCAGCAAAAUUGCUGUUGUUGGCACUGGAGCCAACAAUGUCUACAAGUACCUUCUUGAGGCAUCUGGAAAGGAGCCUGACUGGAAUUUCUGGAAGUAUCUAAUUGACGUUAACGGCAAAGUGGUGGAUGCAUGGGGACCAAAAGUCUCUGUCAAAGAAAUUCGCCCUAAAAUUGCUGAAAUGGUGCGGCAAAUAAUCUUGAAGAAGAAAGAAGAGCUUUAACACAUUUCGCUUCAAGACUCUACUUAAUGUUAAUACCACAGGGAAACUGUGGCAGGUUUGAGCAGAAAAUGAGUCACUGCUUUGGUAACAUUACACUAAAGCCAUGGCUUAUUCAUUUGUGUUAAGGAAGUAAAACGAUUUGUGGUAGGUCUUGUUUGUAGCUAUAAAUAAUUUUUUAAAAAGGUGGCGCUACAGGAAAUAGAAGAUCAAAUACACUGGGGAUUGAGGCAAUAUAAGGUGUGAUCAAGCAGCAACCCUCAGGCCAAAGAAAGGUUCCAAACAUUCCUUAAAUAGCUACACGAAGCUGGCUCCAAAAUGCGUCAGUACUUUUGGCUCGCAUGUCUAAAAAUCCUUGCAGUAUUAAAAAGCACACACUGGAAUAAAAAUUGUAUUUGGCCUCUAA